AUGAAAUGGGAUUUCAUCUCUCAACCCCUGGCAGUCUCUGCUUCGAUGUGGUCGCGAACCGGCGUGAUCCUCUUCCUAUACACAUGCUUUGCCCAGAAUCGAAGAAGUCUGCGCGUCAUCGUUAUUGUCUGCCUCGUGGUCCAGAUUGUCGCAAACCUCUUCACAAUCUUACAAAUAUUCCUCCAAUGCGGGCCCAAUCCCUAUCGCCUUGUCAAUAGAGCAGCUUACUUCCAUUACAUGUGGGAUCCCCUGCCGGAAGACGGCUCAGUUGUCUGUCAGGCACCGACGGUGCAAGCAACUGUGGGAUACGUUCAGGGAGCUUUCAAUUGUAUCAUCGACUUCACCUUAACCUAUCUGGCCGGUUUUGAGCUCUGGCAGUUCAUGUUCCGGGGGGCUCAAAAGAGCCGGGAAAAUUCCUUUGUCACCAGAUUCAAGAGACUCGAUCCACGGAUCCGGACUCAACGGCUGUGGCAAACGUUGCUGAUUUGCGGCCCGUUGAUGUUGUCGGGCGUCGCGUCGAUAGUCAAGACAUACCUUCUCUCAGCGCUGGGAAGCAGGCUGGAUUUUACCUGGAACAUUGUUCCAUUUAUCCUCUGGGUCAAGAUCGAGAACUACUCCAUCCCGAUCGCCACGACGGCGCCAAUCCUGCGGCUCUUCAUCCGCACCUUCAUCGACCAACGCGGCACGGACAAGGACUACGGGCUCAGCCAGAGCGGAGGUGUCGGCGGCCGGUCAAAGUCGGGGACUCAAGCGAUGGAAUUGAGCAACCGCUCAAACACGAGGUCCCACAUCCGGCGCGACAGCAAGGGGUUCGUGCACAUGCAAGAGGCGGACGAGGGCAGCAGCGAGACGGCGCGUGGGCCAAGCAGGCAGGGCUCGGAGAACAAUUUGAUUGUUGUCAACGAGAACGAGAUCCGCGUCAAGCACGAGUACGAGGUGCGCGUCGAGGACAAGAGCGACGUGCCCGCCGCCGUCGUGAAGAAGCCCCGUGUUCAAAGCGGCGGGGCUUGGGCCUGA